CACAGAAGUUGUGUAAGGUGGAUACUCUUUUCCAAUUGAUAUAAUAAAAGGUGCAGAGUGGACUCGCAGUGCUGCAGCCAAGUCAGAUCAUUUCCAUCUCUAUAUACUAAAAGAGCAGGUUGCAAAAGAUGUGGGCUUCAGGUCUGUUGCUCUUCCUGGUCGGACUCUGGCAUAAGUCCCACGCCCAGAGCUCUGAGCCAAUGUUUCAGGUUGUAACACAGUCGAUGCUUCCUCCAGACAGUCUGCACAAUCCCACACAACUAAACUAUGGCAUGGCUGUGACAGACGUGGAUGGUGACGGCGAUCUGGAAGUGAUUGUCGCAGGGUACAAUGGGCCCAACCUGGUGCUGAAGUACGAUCGCACCCAAAACAGGCUGGUAAACAUUGCUAUCGAUGACAGCAGCUCUCCAUACUACGCCCUGAGGGAUCGAGCAGGAAAUGCUAUUGGAGUUACUGCCUGUGAUGUGGAUGGAGAUGGUCGUGAGGAGAUCUACUUCCUCAACACAAACAAUGCCUACUCUGGAAGGGCAACCUAUUCAGACAAGCUGUUCAAGUUUCGCAAUGGCCGCUUUGAGGAUCUUCUGGGGGACGAUCUCAAUGUGCGUCGUGGUGUCGCCAAUCGCAUGGCAGGACGUUCGGUUGCAUGUGUUGACAGAAAGGGAACAGGCCGUUACUCAAUUUACGUGGCCAACUACGCCAGCGGCAACGUCGGCCCCCACGCUCUCCUUGAAAUGGAUGAGGCUGCCAGUGAUGUCACCAAGGGCAUCAUCGCUCUGUCUGACGUGGCUGCCACGGCCGGGGUCAACAAGUUCACAGGUGGGCGAGGUGUGGUCGUCGGGCCAAUCCUGAGCCAGUCCAGGUCGGACGUGUUCUGUGACAACGAGAACGGACCCAACUUCCUGUUCAAGAAUAAUGGAGACGGGACUUUUGCUGAUAUGGCCACACAGUCAGGUGUGGAGGACCGGCACCAGCACGGCAGAGGAGUAGCACUAGCUGACUUCAACGGUGAUGGAAAGACAGACAUCGUCUACGGCAACUGGAACGGCCCACACAGACUCUUCCUGCAGGGCAGCGACUCUAAGUUCAGGGACAUAGCCACUGGAGGAUUUGCAGCACCCUCACCUAUCCGCACUGUCAUGGCUGCUGACUUUGACAAUGACAAAGAGCUGGAGGUGUUUUUCAACAAUAUUGCAUAUAGAGGCAACGCCCCUAACAGGCUGUUCAGGGUGUCAAGAAGAGCGGAUGCAGACCCUUUAAUACAGGAGCUUAAUGUGGGAGAUGCUGCAGAGCCACAGGGGAGAGGAACAGGUGGCACUGUGACAGAUUUAGAUGGGGACGGACAGCUGGACCUGCUGCUGGCCCACGGGGAGAGCGUCCAGCAGCCAAUAUCUGUCUUCAAGGUCACACAGGGCUCCUCUAACAACUGGCUGCGGGUCAUCCCUCGCACCCAGUUUGGCUCCUUUGCCCGGGGAGCCAAGGUGACAGCGUUCACCGCUCAGAGUGGAGCACACACACGCAUCAUUGACGGAGGUUCGGGGUACCUGUGUGAGAUGGAGCCUGUCGCUCACUUUGGCUUAGGAACGGAUGUGGUGACGGUACUGGACGUCUACUGGCCAGACGGCAGCUCCAUCACUCGAACCCUUCAGCCUGGGGAAAUGAACUCAGUGGUGGAAGUGGCCUUUCCCACAGAAGGGGAAUCGUCUCUGCUUGCUAAUGACACGCAGUGUGGUCAAGGGUUUACUGUCAAGAAUGGUCGCUGUGCAGCGUUGGCUCCAUUUUAUGAUGGCAUCCGCUCCACCUCUGUCUCCAUGUGUGAAGCCUCCUGUUUUAGGACUGUUUUACUACAGUGGGCCGUGUUGCUCGCUGCACUGGCAGAUCUCAGGGGAUGGUAGUCUUGAGGGUAACGACUAUACAGUCAGACAGCCGGGGCCAAGCAUCUGCUCAAAGACUGGACUUCUUCUGUGACAUGCAGUAACAGAGGGUCUGUUUGCUCAGAAUGCAUAUCCUAGUAUCUGAACAUCCUGCAGUCUGGACAUUUCCUGUUUGCUUGGUGAGGUGGGUGCAUGCAGUAAUCCCUCCAUGUUGUAUGUGAAGACCAAAAACAGGGGUCAGUUUCAUGCCCCUGAAAAUGCUGCAGUGUCCUAUAUCCAGGCAUGAAAACAUGAGGGAAUUUUCCUGACCAAAGCUUGUUACAACAUCAAAUUAGAAUGUUUUUUUUAAUCUGACAUUUAUCGUCAGAUGUUUUAAGUGCAUGCAAAACGUUAAAAUUAUAUUAAUUAAUAUGCACUAUAGACCUUUUCCACAGCAGACAUUUUGAAGUCAUGACGGUGACCGAUCAUGA